AUGAGAGUACAAAGUAUCGCGACCGCCUUGGUCACCGCCUUGUCCUCUGUCUCCGCUGCCCCUGUCAGUGAAGUCAAUCCACUCCGAGUUCGCCAAGAAUGCAAGCCUCCCUACUUUCUCCUCACGGGUGACUCCACCGUCGCUGUGAACGGAGGCUGGGGCGACGGAUUCCUCAGCUUUCUUCAGUCUCCAGCAGAUGGAAAGAAUUAUGGCAAGAGUGGAGCAACAACGGUUUCCUUCAGAGCGGCGGGUAUCUGGAAUACUGUGAUCAACGAGGUCAAGGCAAACAAGGAUGCCUUCAGCCCAAUUGUGACGAUCCAGUUCGGUCACAACGACCAAAAGGCGGCAGCCAACAUUUCUCUGGAUCAGUUCCAAACCAACCUGCAAGACCUUGCAAAUGAAGUGACGGCUGCUGGUGGGACUCCGAUUUUGAUUUCCUCUCUCACUCGGCGCGUUUUCAGCGGAGGCAAAGUCAUCCAAAACCUCGAGAACGAGCGAAUCAGAGCCGAGGCCGCAGCUGCAGUGGUUGGCGCCACUUACCUUGAUCUCAACACAGCCAGCACCAACUACGUUAACGCUAUUGGUAACGCGAACGGAAAGCUUUACGACCUGUCGACUGGCGACUCUACCCACUUGAACACGGCCGGUGAGGUUGUGUUUGGGCGCCUGGUUGCGGACCUGCUUCUCGAGAAGCGCACCGACCUUGUGCGGUACUUCAAGGAGAACAAGGCUAUCAGUGACAAGAUCAGGAACGGAGAGUUCGCGACCGGAAACGAGACAGACUAG